GGUCUUGCAACUUGAAGCUUCCGAAAUGGAGUUUUUGCGUCGGACUAGUUGUAUUUUACUGAUGUUAAUAUAAUAGUGAACUAUUAGACCUACACACUCACUGCAGCCAUGGUGUUCUCACAUUACUCUGCUCCAGGAUAAUUCACGUCGGCGCGUCAUUGCGACUAUGCAUGACGGCGCGCGUAGAUAGAUAUAGAUACAAAAGUUCCUCCACUUCCGAUGUUCACUGUCCCCCGCCCGAAUGCCAUACGACCAACACGUGUAAUUACUACUACGUUCAAUGGAAGGCAAAGUUACUUAGGGAGCGUGCCGGAGAUUACCGACAGGUUCGAUCCUUGGCGGAAACAAAAUUUCCUCCUUUCGCCUCCCUUUCAUGUUCCUCGCUUUCGACCUCUAUGGUGCAGGCAGGUGCCUCUCUUCUUCUCUUUUUCGCAACCCUCCUUGCCAUCCUGCUUCCUUCGCUGCACUUCCUUCGGCUGACGUGGUCCUCCACACCACGACUUGGGCGAGGCAUUAGCUGUUUCCUCCUCCUCCACUCGAUAUUCCUCGCAUACUCUAUCAUCCUUCUGCCACCGCCAAAUAUCUUUACGGCGCUAAGGGUACCGCUGUCUAUGCCGGCGGACUCAAUCCGGAGUCUCUUGUUGAAGAACUCGGACGAGCGAGAGCUUCCGAGAGCUAUAGAGCAGCUACUAGGGAGAAUGGGCUCCUUUGAGACGAGAACUUUAUAUGUUCGAUUUGGCCACGACGUCGUAGCCAGUUGCGAAUACUGUCAUUCAUACGGCGAUUUUGCCUUGUUUGCUCUUGCAACUUCGAUUCUUUCUUAUAUAUGCGAGAUUGCGAUUGUCGGGGUCGUGACGAUUAGAGGGACGCAUAGAGAACGACAUCGAACACUAGGCGUUGUUGCGCUGAUAUGUGCCGCUGUCAUGGAAGGGUACUGUAAAAUGACGCGUAGCAUUCAAAUACCCAAUGAUCCUGAUGCCACUUCUGUCUUCAUGUGGCACGACAACUUGCUUCUCCUUCGAAGAAUCGUCUUCCUGCUUCUCCCUGUGAUAAUACAUCUUGCCCUGCCGCCUUCUCCUCCAUCUUCUCCUACCCAGACGCGUACAGCGACGACUCUCCAAGGACUCGUUACCAAAUUGCACCUACUGAAAUAUACGCGCGGUGCCAUCGCGCGAACACCAUCGCUGCGGGCGGCCUCUCAGGAAUGGUGGUCCCGCGAGCAUGAUGAAGGCGAAUGGGUGAGAAACGACAGGGCGACGCAGGAUAUGGCUGAGAAACUUGGGCUGGGGUUUAACGAGGCCGAGGCGGAGGAGGACAAGGAGGAGGGAAAGUUGCGGACGAGUGCCAAGGCUGCGGUCAAGGGAUUGAUGAAUGGGUUUGUCCCGAGCGAUUAUUGGGCUGUCCCUUCGACGUCGACGAAUCGGGCACGAUGAUGUAGUAGUAAGUAUUAUUCAAUAAUGACGGGCAUUUACAGCCGAGAGUGGGAUUUCAAGGCCUGAAUCUGGUGGUGCAGAAAUCAAGCUGUGAUGUUUCAGAAAAACAUACAAGGAGAUGUGCAAUGCAAUGUGUAACGCUGAGAUCUAUCACGGUUGUGAUUCACAUCCAAGUUUCGACAAG